AUGGUGCAGCCCGGCCCCAUCCCGGGGGAGCGGAGGCGGCGCGCGGGGCCAGAGCCCGGGGAGCGGCGGCGACGGCGGCGGGAGCAGCAGCAGCAACGGCAGUGGCGGCAGCGCGAGCAGCGAGAGCAAGAGGCUCCGGCUCCAGCUCCAGUGGGCUGCAGAAUCUCUCACUCCUGUGCCCACUGCUCCGAAGCCGGAAUCACCUGCCCUGUGGCCGCCGUCGGGGGCCCCCGGGCCGGGAUCAUGGCCGAGAAGCUACGAGGAGCGCAUCAGGUGGACAUCGACCCGGACUUCGAGCCGCAGAGCCGGCCGCGCUCGUGCACCUGGCCGCUACCGCAACCCGACUUUGCAGGCGGCGGGGAAGAAGAGGAUGGGGCGGCCGGGCCCGGUAGUGGCGGCGGUGGCAGUGAGAGCACCGAGAACGGAGGGACUGGGGCGGGCGCUGGGGAGCGCAAGGCGGUGGUGGUGGCUGGGGCCCCGGCUCCCGGGACGGCGGCUCUACCGGUGCUGGGUGGGGACGCUGGACAGCUCCGGAAGGCUAAGACCUCUCGGCGAAACGCCUGGGGCAACCUGUCCUAUGCUGACCUCAUCACCAAAGCCAUUGAGAGCGCCCCGGACAAGCGGCUCACACUCUCCCAGAUCUAUGACUGGAUGGUUCGAUACGUGCCCUAUUUCAAGGAUAAGGGUGAUAGUAACAGCUCAGCUGGCUGGAAGAACUCCAUUCGGCACAACCUGUCUCUGCAUACCCGUUUUAUCCGUGUGCAGAACGAGGGCACAGGCAAGAGUUCUUGGUGGAUGCUGAACCCCGAGGGUGGCAAGACGGGCAAGACGCCCCGGCGCCGUGCCGUGUCUAUGGACAAUGCCAGCAAGUAUCUGCGCGUCAAGGGUAAGGCCAACAAGAAGAAGCAGAUUCAGGCAGUCGGGCCUGAGCGGGGGCCCCACAGCCCACCAGGAGCCCCCCCACCUGCUGCCAAGUGGUCAUCCAGUCCUGUCUCCCACGGCCCUGGUCCUGGCCCAGGCCCAGCCAGCGGUGAUGACUUCGAAGCCUGGGCUGACUUCAGAGGUCGACCCCCACCCCCACCCCCACCGGGGUUGGGCUCCCGCAUCUCCCCACUGCUGGCGGGUGGGGGGCAGCCGGAUGAGCUGGAGGAUGAGGAAGCAGCCCCUUCCUCUCCACUCAUGUACCCUAGCCCCUCGAGUGCCCUGUCACCAGCUCUGGGUGCCCGCUGCUCUGUGGAGCUGCCCCGCCUCACUGACCUGGCUGGGCCUCUCAGCUUACAUGAGCCGGGCCUGGCCGACAGCCUCCUGGAUGACCUCCGGGACAGCUAUGGUCUGAGCCCCCCGCCGCCACCCGGCUUGCGGGCCCGUGUCCCCCCAGCCCACGGCUACUCCUUCAGUGCCAAGUGUGGGGGUGUGGCUGGUGGCAGCAGUGGCUUGGGGGGUUCCUACUGCGGAACUAUCUACAGCCAGCCUGCCUUGGGUCCGCUGCGCCGCCUGCCCAUGCAGACGAUUCAAGAAAACAAGCAGGCGGCCUUCGCCCCCUUCCGGCCUGGUCCCUUGCAAGGCCUGCUGGCCUCACCAGCUGGGCCACCCCCACCGCCCCCAGCCAGGCCCCACAGAUCUGGCUCCCUCCUGGGCGGGGGCCCUGGGGAGCUGGGACUCGCUGCGGCGGCGGCAGUGUAUCCAGCCCAUGGCCACCCCCCGCCCAGCCACAGUGCCUUAGCUCACCCCAUCAGCCUUAUGACGCUGCCUGGCGAUGCCUGCGGUCUUGGAGGACUGGCCCACCCAGGCCAUCCAGCUCCAUAUGGGAGUGGAGGUGGGCCGGCAGGGCCCACAGGCCUGCUGGAGGCAGCGCUGCAGGGCCCUUACACAGCAGGCACUGGGGGCCACAUGCCGCUGGCCGGCCAGGACCGCUUCCCUGCUGACCUCGAUCUGGACAUGUUCAGCGGCAGCCUAGAGUGUGACGUUGAGUCCAUCAUUCUCAAUGACUUCAUGGACAGCGAUGAGAUGGACUUCAAUUUUGACUCGGCUUUGCCCCCACCACCCAGUGGCUUGGCUGUGGCCGCCCUGCCCAGCGGGCCCCCACCCCCCAACCAGAGCUGGGUGCCUGGCUGAAGGAGGCCCCAGGGGGGAAGGGGGGGCUCCAGGACUCCUGCUGACUCCUUGGGAUGGUUCAGGAGCCAGCCCCUCCCUCCUGGGCCCCACAUCUCACCACUUGGACUGUGAGAGCUCCCGGAAGGGCCUGCCUGGGCUGGGCUAGGCUUGGGAGACUCCGUCUUGCUGCUGCCAUGGGGAGGAGAGGGGCUUAACCCAGCUUCCCCAAGCUCCCCGCACAUCCCUCAAGGGUCCCCUGGCUCCUCCCUGCUGCAGGGCUCCCCCCUCUCCCUAGCCCUUACAUGGAACACUCGGUCUAAGCCCUAGUAGCCCAGACUCCUGGGUCCUAGAGAGCCAGACCACAAGGGGCUGCAGGGAGGAGGGACGGCCCCAGCCCUCUGCCCUCCCCCUCCCCCUUGGCCUCACCCCCAACUGGGCCUGUCUUGUGCCGCUGUGCAGUACAGUGGGGUUGUCGUGUCUGCUUUGUGUGGUGAUAAGCGUUGUGUUCCCCCUUGGGUCAGGAAAGGCUGAAGAGGCCGGUGGGCUAGGGGCUGAGGGCUGAGGGCUGGGGGAAAAGAGGGGGUGGGCAGACUGGACUGGAGUGAACUCUGGAGGCUGGUGGUCCUGUGCCCCAGGGCUCCUCCCAAGUGCCCCUCAGGGAGAAUCCCUACGUAGUGGGUCCCUUCCCAAGCAGCCCCCACUGCUGGCCUGGCCAGGCCCUCUGCCUGCUCAUACCCAGCUCUCCCUCGGCUCGUCCUGCCAGGCCCUCCUCCAAAAUUCCCCUUCCUUAAGCUCCCCCCCCAACACCAACC